GUUAUCAUAACAGACGUAUUUUCAUUUUUUUUUAUUUAAAGUUACUCAUUUACUGUUAAAAAUGGUGUGGCUCCUAAUUUUGUUGGUUUUUGUAUUGUGGUUUGUGUUCGUUCGAUAUAGGAACCGUCACAAAAGGAAGCUAGCUAAUCUGUGUAGAAAUAAUCGUAUGAGUCUUCCUAUAAUCGGAGUGGCUCAUCAUUUCAUUGGCACUGAGGAAGAUCGUAUGAAAGCCUUAAUGAAAAUUGGGCGAGAAGCCAUUAAACAAGGAGGCUUUGCGGGAGGAUGGCUACUGAAUAUGCUUAUGGUUGUUAUUGCCGAUCCAUUUGAUGCUGAAGAAGUAAUGCGUGUCAGUCUACGGAAAAUGGACGGAUUAGACAUCACAGAGGAUCUACUAGGAAAUGGGCAUAUGUUUGCAAAAGUACCAAUUUGGCGUCCCCGUCGAAAAGUCAUCGCUCCAAUGCUAAGUCAAAAAAAUUUGGAAAUGUUUCUAGAAGUGUUUACGAGAAAUAGUGAAAAUAUGAUAGACAAGCUCACGAAGUUAUGUGGACAACCUAUAUCCUUAUCAAAGUAUAUUACGGCUUAUUCAAUGGAUGCUAUUUGCGAAACCAGCCUUGGAAUCAAAAUGGACAUCCAAAAUAAUCAAUACCAUCCAUUUCUAUUGGCUUUCCAAACAUUUGAGAAGAUGGUUGUGGAUCGCUUGAUGCAAUCGUGGCUCUACCCAGAUUUUGUAUAUAAACUCAUGCCUUGCUAUCGCAUUUAUAAAAAACAGACUGAUAUACUCCAAGAAUUUGUUAAACAGGUAAUCUUAGCGAAACGGAUAAAAUUUAGAGACAUUGAAAAUGAAAACCUUGCGGAAUGUGACCAAUUGCAAAACCAACAAAACAGCCGAAAGUCUUUCCUUGAACAGCUCAUUGACAUUGGGUAUAAUGACAUAGAUCUUCAAGAAGAAAUGUUAGUUCUAAUUUUAGCAGGCACUGACACUUCGGCGGCCGGCGCUUCGUUUACAGCUGUAAUGCUGUCUCAGCAUCAACACGUUCAAGAUAAAUUGUAUGAAGAACUAAUGGAAGUACUCGGAAACUCCGACAGACCAUUGGAACCUUCAGAUAUACCUCGACUUAAAUAUCUGGAAGCCGUUAUAAAGGAGACUUUGAGACUUUAUCCGCCUGUGCCAGCGGUUGUAAGAAUGGUCGAGAAGGAAUACAUCCUGCCAUCUGGUUUCAAACUUGUGCCCGACGUAGGCGCGGUGAUACAUAUUUGGGCUAUGCACCGAAAUCCUACGUUUUGGGGAAAUGACGCAGAAGACUUUAGACCUGAAAGAUUUUUGGAUAAUAAUCUAAAGCAUCCAGCUGCUUAUAUGCCAUUUAGUUUUGGAGUAAGAAAUUGCGUUGGUGCAAGGUACGCAAUGACAUCAAUGAUGACUGUUAUUGCGAACUUAGUGAGGAAAUUCAAGCUAUUGCCACCGAAAAAUGUUUAUUCACAUGGUUCUCAAAAACGCAAAAAGACCAAACCAUUACGAACCAAAUUUGACAUUAUCAUGAGGCAUGUAGAUGGUUAUGAAGUCCAAAUUGAGGAAAGGAGAUAGAAUCAUGGGAUUUUUAAUCUCAUUAAUACACUAAGCUCGAAGAUUCUGAAGAAAUUUCUAUACUAUAAAGAAAAGUGAACGAUUAAAAUAUAAAAUCUAAGUAAAAAUUUUA